AUGCCUGUAAAGGCGGUAGCUGCACUAGGGCGGUUCAGGAGAGGCAACGAACAGCAACACUGCUCUACCACGGUGUAUCUGAUGGAGCGACUGCGAGCCUCCAGAUUUGCCGUGGCUUUAUACUCAUCCAUCAUUGACUUCCAAGAAGCCCAAGCGUUCUUCACCUUAGCAGUGCAGCUGACUACGAUCGUCAUGUUCAUGACCGACCAGGUCCCCGUCAUCCGCAUUGACUGGCGAGCGGCUCGAAUCUACUCGGCGGGAAACACGCUUGUCGUCCUUCUCAUGCAGUCGGAACUGCAACGAAAAGGGCUGAGAUGGUGGUACAUGUUCUUUCUCUCCUUCGCCGUCGGCGUUCUGGGCAUGGUGAUUCGAAACCUGGGCUCAGAAGCGCCAAUCACGCUGGGCGCGAUAGCCAAGUGCGGCAAUCGGAGCCGAAACAUCAUGCAGACGUGCUACAACAACGGAUCAUCUGCUUUCAGAGAUGCAUUUCGGGACGAAGACCGGGGUGGUUCGGACUACUUCAUCAGCUUCUUGUUCAGCACAGUCGUCUUGUCAAUUGACCAACUAGGACACAUCACUCGUCUGCGGCGGAGCCUGGGGUCGAAACUGGAAUACUGGCCAGGCAAGCUUCCUGUUCUCAUCUCGCUCCUGCGGUUCGGUUCGGUCAUCUGGUGUGCUAUAUGGUUCGUGUCAAACGUCCUGCUAGCGUCACUCCUCAUGAGAAACGCAACAGCGAUCCUCAACGAGAUGGGAGGUUCAGUAUGGGACAGGGAUAAAUGGACGUUUGGUCAGAUCAUAGCAGUGUUGCCAUGGGCUCCUGUGAUAUCCAAGUACCUAUACUGCAGUCUUUGUGAGUCAUUAGCACUGAAUCCCUUCUACUGGAUACCUUUGCUUACAUUCACCGCUCAGUUGGCAUCAUUCAUGGCGUCGGAAGCCGAAUCGACGACCAUUACGAAGUCGUCCUCAGCGGUACAAACCUGCUGGGUGAGAUGUCUCGGCACCCUGAAUAUGAGCGAGAGUUCAAAGCCAUUGGCUACGGUAACUUGCCUAAUGUGGAAGACGGCCGCGAAGGCGGGAAGGGGCCGGAUCGGGACUCGGAGGAGUGGAGCCAUAUUUCUCUGGAGGGCGGCGAAACCCCGGGCGAAUCCCCCGGGUCUUCCACGCAGAGGCUGCUUAUGCCGAGUCCUUGCUGGCAUAACGCCAAAUCAAUCCAUAGUUGACGUCGGAAACUAUCUGUACGACAGCUUAAUAUACAGUUGUGGAGUGACAACCUCUCCAAGCUCAUGA